GACGGGAGGGGUCACGUGGAAGUAUCUACGCGAGGGAGACCGCCAGGGCCCAGCCCCUGAGAAAAGCGCCGCAUUCUUUCCAAAAAUGACCCGGAAGUGCCUGUGCCCUCAGUAAAGAUGGCCGUGAGCACGUGACAUGAAUGGGGUGGGGCUGCGCCUGCGCAUCAAGUUCGGCAGGGAAGAUGGCGGAUGACAAGGAUUCCUUGCCCAAGCUUAAGGACCUAGCAUUUCUCAAGAACCAGCUGGAGCACCUGCAGCAGCGUGUGGAAGACGAAGUCAACAAUGGUGUGGGCCAGGAUGGCUCGCUGUUGUCUUCCCCAUUCCUCAAGGGCUUCCUGGCUGGCUAUGUUGUGGCCAAACUGAGGGCAUCAGCAGUACUGGGCUUUGCCGUGGGCACCUGCACUGGCAUUUAUGCAGCUCAGACAUAUGCUGUGCCCAAUGUGGAGAAGACAUUGAGGGACUAUUUGCGAUCACUGCGCAAGGGACCUGACUAGCUCUGGAAGCCAUGGGGGAGGCAAGAUGAGCAGCCGGGACCUGCAGGUAGAGGUCUUUCAACCACAGAUGCUCCAUCUGGCUUCCCCAGCUGUCACCUAUUUGCUAUCCCAAACUUUCCUGCCGCCUUCAUUCUCGCCUCCCUUCCUGCAGAGUGUGGACAGUGGCUUGUUAGCCUGCACCCUGGAUUCCUUCCCUCCUUAACUCCAUGGGACUAGCCCCAAGACUGGCUUCAAGAGCCAUCAGCCACUUCCUCUUCAAGUCUAACCAUGGAGUUUGCAGCUGACUCUGAUCCUCAGUAUUCUCUCUGGCAAUGUACCAUGGCUCCUGCCUCCUGGGAGCUGGCUCCAUAACUUGAUUUAUCCUAAAGGCGUUACAAUCCUUGUUGCCCCUUGCUAACUAUACAAGCCACCCUGGGUCUGGUGUGGGCAUGAGUGUAGAGGACGGGGGUAUGCCAGGUCUGGGCCGUCCCAGGCAAGCCCGCUGGACCCUGAUGCUACUCCUGUCCACUGCCAUGUAUGGUGCCCAUGCCCCGUUGCUGGCACUGUGUCACGUGGAUGGCCGAGUGCCCUUCCGGCCCUCCUCAGCCGUGCUGCUGACUGAGCUGACCAAGCUACUAUUAUGCGCCUUCUCCCUUCUAGUGGGCUGGCAAGCAUGGCCCCAAAGGUCCCCGCCCUGGCGCCAAGCUGCUCCCUUUGCACUAUCAGCCCUGCUCUAUGGCGCUAACAACAACCUGGUGAUCUAUCUUCAGCGUUACAUGGACCCCAGCACCUACCAGGUGCUGAGCAAUCUCAAGAUUGGAAGCACAGCUCUAUUCUACUGCCUCUGCCUCCGGCACCGCCUCUCUGCGCGCCAGGGGUUAGCACUGCUGCUGCUGAUGAUCGCAGGGGCCUGCUAUGCAGCAGGUGGCCUUCAAGACCCCAGGAACACUCUUCCCGGGCCCCCUCCAGCAGCUGCUGCCAGCCCCGUGCCCCUGCAUAUCACUCCGCUGGGAUUGCUGCUCCUCAUCCUGUACUGCCUCAUCUCAGGCUUGUCAUCUGUGUACACAGAGCUGCUCAUGAAGCGACAACGGCUGCCCCUGGCACUUCAGAACCUCUUUCUCUACACUUUUGGUGUGCUCCUGAACCUAGGUCUGCAUGCUGGUGGUGGCCCUGGCCCAGGCCUCCUGGAAGGUUUCUCAGGAUGGGCAGCGCUUGUGGUGCUGAGCCAGGCACUAAAUGGACUGCUCAUGUCGGCUGUCAUGAAGCACGGUAGCAGCAUCACACGCCUGUUUGUUGUGUCCUGCUCGCUGGUGGUCAACGCUGUGCUCUCAGCAGCUCUACUGCGGGUGCAGCUCACAGCCGCCUUCUUCCUGGCCACAUUGCUCAUUGGCCUGGCCGUGCGCCUGUACUAUGGCAGCCGCUAGUCCCUGACCACUUCCACCCUGACUCCUGACCCUGCAAAUUGGGUGCCACCAUCAGAGCCCCAUCCCAGACCUCCCUUCCCCUUCCCAUUCCCCUUCCCCUCAGCAGCCCUGUAACAAGUGCCUUGUGAGAAAAACUGGGGAAGUAAGAACAGCCAGGUGAGUCUUUGGAGCUGGGUGGAUGAAGGGGAACCCCUAGGAGACAUGAAGAUUAGGUUUGGUUAAGGAACCUCUUAACCACCCCCGCCCCCACCAUAAUUCUGUACUAAGGAAUUAGGGUGGCACCAGUACCUAGGCCUGAGAAGUGACCCCAUCCCUGAUGGGAUGGAGUGCGGAGGGAGUUCUCUGCUUCAUCCUGCAUGAACAGUUGCUCAGUAUACAGUGUGGGCAACGUAUGGCUUUCCUUGCCUACUUUGGUCACCCCAGCAGAGCCCCUAGGACUGGUGCAUGACUCUUCCAUAAAGGUGACUUCCUUUCUCCUUGUCGUGCAGAAAGGUCCACUUGCUGCCACAGCCACUCUGCCAAUCUUUCCCAGUUCCAGCAAUGCCUAGGGAUAUGCCCCCUGCCCCCUUCACAGUGCUGCUUCCCAUACCUAGCCUUUGUUCUGGAAACCCCAGAGAAGGCUGGGGCUUGACUCAUCUCAGGGAACAUUGCCCCUGGGCCCUGGCUUAAGCCUAUACUCCUGCCCUCUCUGCUCACCCCCAAGGACCUUCUUGAAGCCCACUGCCUACUCUAAGGCUCUGAGGAGAUACCGUACUUCCCACAGGGUCCUGCCCCUAUCUAGCAGUCUCCCAGCUCCCAACAGCCUGAGGAAGCUCUGCAUCGGAGCGACCUGGGACCAGGUACAGGAAACUUAUGUAGCUCAAUCAGUGUGUCUAACUGCAUAAGCAAUAAGGUCUUAAUAAAGUGUUCUAGGGUGUGGGGUGGUUCCUACAACCACAGCCA